AUGAGUCAUACUCAACAGCAAACGGGAUCUGGCAGCGUGACAACGACGAUCACGGUCACGGAAACAGAAACUGCCCAACCUGAACAUCUUGUGCUCCGUCCCAACCCCGAUUCCACACAACCGUCGACAUCCGAACGUCGGCACGUCGUGUGGGCCACCGAAACAGUCGACAACGAGGGAAUGGGCAAGAAGAAGAGCAAGUGCUGCUGCAUUUAUAAGAAACCCAAGAACUGGCAAGAUUCUGACUCCGAUUCGGGCUCUGAUUGCGAAACCGGUCAUUGUCGUGGUCAUGUCGAGCAGAAAAAGCACCCGGAGCACGAGCACAAGAGCUCUGAUUAA